GACAGGUGCAUGAACUUGAGAAGCAAAGGAUCAACAAAUCUUGCACCAAGAGUGGACAACAUCAAAGCCUUAGAAAGAGAGUUGGGAAGACAGAGAAGAGAAAGAGAAAAGCAAGCCCACUUGCAUAGAUUGGGCUUGAGAUGGAGAGAAACCCGAAUCAACCGGAAGGUGUCUAUGGAGUUGAUGAUCAUUGACAAAAUGUCCAAGGAGUUCCUCCUGGAGCUGCUCAAGAGGAACAUGGCCAAGGAGCUGCAAACCUUAGGCCUCAACAUCAACAACGCCAGGGAAGACCCAUUGGCACCUAUGACCAGCCCAAUAUUCAUGGGAAGAGAUUGGGUAUUAGAGCACCUGCUGUGGGCAACAACAACUUUGAGAUCAAGUCAAGCUUGAUCAACAUAAUUGAGUCCAACAAAUUCCAUGGUCUAGCCUUGGAGGAUCCACUAGAUCACUUGGAAAAAUUUGACAAAUAUUGUGGAACCACAAAGACUAAUGGAGUUUCCGAAGAUGCUUUCAAACUAAGAUUGUUUCCAUUUUCAUUGGGAGACAAAGCUCACACAUGGGAGAAGAGCAUUCCAAGCGAUUCCAUCACUACAUGGGAGGAGUGCAAGCGAGCUUUCCUCAACAAGUUCUUCUCAACUUCAAGAACUGCAAAGAUUAGAAAUGAAAUCUCUGGAUUUCAACAAAAGAACCUGGAAGGAUUUGGAGAAGCUUGGGAAAGAUUCAACGGGUACUUAUCAAAAUGCCCUCACCAUGGUUUCACAAAUGAGAAUUUGCUCAGCACAUUCUAUAGAGGACUCCUACCCAACCAUAGAAGCAGGCUUGAUACGGCUAGAAAUGGAUCCUACUUGGGGAGAACUGAAGAAGAUGCAUUGGAGCUGGUGGAGAAUAUGGCAAAGAGUGAUUCGGUGUACAAUGAUGAUUUUGAUAGGCAUAACCGUGGUGGAGGCGGUGAUGACCAUUUCACUAGGAAAGACAUCAAAUCCCUACAAGACAAAAUCGAUCUUCUCCUCAACGAAAGAACUACCCACUCACAAAUAAAUUAUGUUGGUGAACAAGCCCGAGGAGAACUAGGAUUUAUCAAUGAAGUUGAAGGUUUGGAAGGACAACAAGACGUGUCUUACAUCAAUGCUAAUGGUACUUGGUUCAAGAAAGAACCAACCUACCAAUACCAACAAAGAGAACAAGGAAGCUACCAAUACCAAUCUAAAGAUCAAGCUCCAUACCAAUACCAACAAAGGGGCCAAGGAAACUUCCAAAACACACCUCAAUACCAAGGCAACUACCAGCAAAAACCAGUUUACAAUAAUCAACAAGGAGGUUAUCAAGGCAAUACAAACUUCCCACCGGGCUUUACCAACAAAGGGAAUCAGUCUACACAAGCCCAAGCUGGAUCUUCUACUUCUGCCCCACAAGAAACUAGCACUAAGACUAUGUUGAGACAGAUCUUGGAAUCUCAAACUAGAAGUGAGAAGCACAUUGGGUAUGAGCUGAAGAAUAUCCAGAACAUGAUUGAUGGAAACUACAAUGAUCUCAACAGCAAGUUCAAGGCUUUGGAAAAUCAGUUCGCCUCCAUGAGUUCAAGUCAAAAUCGCCAACAAGGUUCACUUCCUGGAAAGGCUGAGCAAAACCCCAAAGAAACAACGAAAGCAAUCACACUUAGGAGUGAUAGAGAGUUGCCUCCUAGAGUUCUCAUUAAGGAUAAUGAGAAGCAAGGUGGGGAGGUUGUCAUCAAUGUAGAUGAUGAUGUGGUCAUUAUUGAUGAAAAGAUUAAUGAAGAGAUCUUGGAGAAGAUAGUUGAUGCCAAGGGAAAGAGAAAGAUUGGAGAAGAGAAGAAAGUUGUGAGCAAGAAUGAAGGUGCCACUUCAUCAAAGGAAGCUUCAGUCACUCCUCCUCAAUAUGAGCCCAAGCUUCCUUUUCCUGGAAGAUUCAAGAGACAGCUUUUGGAGAAGUACAAAGCAUUGUUUGAGAAGCAGAUGAGAGAGGUUCAUGUUACUAUGCCUAUUAUUGAUGCUUUCAUGUUGGUUCCUCAGUACAGUAAAUUCUUGAAAGAUGUUGUGGCACAGAAGAAGAAAGAAAUGGAAGGGAUGGUGGUUCUUACUCAUGAGUGCAGUGCCAUCAUUCAGAGAUUGACAGUCCCAAGGAAGCUACAAGACCCGGGCAGCUUCACUUUGCCAUGUGCUAUUGGACCUUUGACAUUUGAGAGGUGUCUAUGUGAUCUAGGAGCAAGUGUUAGCCUCAUGCCUUUGUCUACUGCUAAGAAGCUUGGGUUUACUCAGUACAAGAAGUGUAGGAUCUCUCUAGUGCUGGCUGACCGCUCUGUAAAACUCCCCAUUGGCAUCUUGGAAGAUCUCCCUGUGAUGAUUGGGAACUGUGAGAUCCCUACUGAUUUUGUGGUGCUAGAGAUGGAUGAAGAGCCUAGAGAUCCUUUGAUCUUUGGAAGACCUUUCCUUGCAACUGCUGGAGCUAUGGUGAAUGUAAGAGAUGGCAAGAUUGAUCUCCAUCUUGGGAAAGGAAACACUCUUCACUUUGACAUCAAGGAGGUAAUGAAGAAACCCACCAUUGAAGGGCAGAUGUUCUACAUCGAUGAGAUGGAAGCCCUUGCUGAUGAGUACCUAGAAGAGUUGGCACUCGAUGACUCCCUACAGCAUGCUCUCACCAUAAACAAAGAAGCUCAGCUCAUUAAAGAUGGAGUGAGCUUGGAGUAUGAGAAGCUGUUCAAUUCCCGUGAAGAGUUAGUCGAUGAAGGCAGGUUCCUGGAACUGCCACAAACAGAUCAACAUGUCGCCACGGUCGCUGUCCAAGCCGAAUCUCAAGAGGAUGAUUGGAGUGAACUCAAGGCUCCCAAGGUCGACCUCAAGCCACUCCCCAAGGGGCUCAAGUAUGCUUUUCUUGGACCCAAUAACACAUAUCUUGUCAUAGUGAAUAGUGAACUCGAUGAAAUUGAAUUGCAUGCACUCUUGAAAGAACUUAGAAAAUACAGAAAGGCAAUAGGGUACUCAUUGGAUGAUAUUAAAGGGAUAUCACCCUCAUUGUGCACACAUAGGAUACAUCUUGAAAAUGAAUCAAUGAGUUCUAUAGAGCAUCAAAGAAGGUUGAACCCCAACCUGAAAGAAGUUAUUAAGAAAGAGAUUAUCAAACUUUUAGAUGCUGAUGUUAUAUAUCCUAUCUCAGAUAGUAAUUGGGUAUCACCUGUGCAUGUAGUCCCAAAGAAAGGUGGUAUUACUGUGGUUAGAAAUGAAAAUGAUGAAUUGAUACCCACUAGAACUGUAAUAGGGCAUAGGAUGUGUAUUGAUUAUAGAAAACUUAACUCAGCCUCUAGGAAGGAUCACUUUCCAUUGCCAUUCAUUGACCAAAUGCUUGAGAGGCUUGCAAAACAUCCAUAUUAUUGCUUUCUUGAUGGGUAUUCAGGGUUCUUCCAAAUCCCAAUACAUCCCAAUGAUCAAGAGAAGACAACUUUCACAUGCCCCUACGGUACCUUUGCCUAUCGAAGGAUGCCAUUUGGGUUAUGUAAUGCUCCAGCAACCUUUCAAAGGUGCAUGAUGUCUAUCUUCUCAGAUCUCAUUGAGGAUGUAGUGGAGGUAUUCAUGGAUGAUUUCUCUGUCUACGGAUCCUCUUUUUCUGCUUGUUUGUCAAAUUUGUGCAGGGUCCUACAGAGAUGUGAAGAUACCAACCUUGUGCUGAAUUGGGAGAAGUGCCACUUCAUGGUUAAAGAAGGGAUUGUGCUUGGGCACAAGAUUUCAGAGAGAGGCAUUGAAGUGGACCAAGCCAAGAUCGAGGUGAUGGCGAGGUUGGCUCCACCAAAAACAGUGAAAGACAUUAGAAGCUUCCUUGGCCAUGCUGGUUUCUACAGAAGGUUCAUCAAAGACUUCUCCAAAAUAGCUAGACCAUUGACCAAGCUGCUGUGCAAGGAGAUCAUCUUCAACUUUGAUGAAGAAUGCCUAGAAGCCUUUAAGAAGCUGAAGGAGGAGCUCACCAGUGCCCCAAUAGUUCAACCACCAGAUUGGAGUCUACCCUUCGAAAUCAUGUGCGACGCCAGUGACUAUGCUGUGGGGGCAGUCUUGGGGAAAAAGAAGGACAAGAAGACACAUGUGAUCUACUAUGCUAGUAGAACACUUGAUGAUGCCCAAAUGAAGUAUGCCACAACUGAGAAGGAGCUGUUGGCAAUUGUCUAUGCCUUCGAGAAGUUCAGGAGCUACCUGGUAGGGUCUAAGGUCAUUGUCUACACUGACCAUGCUGCACUGCGACAUCUACUAGCCAAGAAGGAUGCCAAGCCAAGGCUGCUCAGAUGGAUAUUAAUACUACAAGAGUUUGAUCUCGAAAUCAAGGACAAGCCAGGAGUGGAGAAUGGUGUAGCUGAUCACCUUUCAAGAUUAAGAGUGGAGUGUGGGAUUCCUAUUGAUGAGGGACUCCCUGAAGAGCAGAUUAUGGCUAUAGGAGCAGCAGUGACAGCUUGUGAGACUGGAAGGAAGCUUGAAGAAAUGAAGGCAAUUGAUGAGACAGGCCCAUGGUAUGCUGAUCUAGUGAACUACUUGGCAUGUGGAAGGGAACCAUUGAAUCUGACAGGCUGCGCAAGGAAGAAAUUCUUCAAGGAUGUGAAGAGAUACUACUGGGACGAGCCUUUCCUCUACACUCUUUGCAAAGAUCAAAUCUAUAGAAGAGUAGUAGCUGAAGAGGAGGUGGAAGGAAUCCUCACACACUGCCAUGGAUCAGCCCAUGGAGGUCACUUUGCCACCUUCAAGACUGUCUCCAAGGUGCUACAAGCAAGAUUUUGGUGGCCCCAUAUGUUCAAAGACACACAAGAGUUUGUGUCAAGGUGUGACCCAUGCCAAAGAAGAGGGAACAUCACCAAAAGAAAUGAGAUGCCUCAAAAUCCUAUCUUGGAAGUGGAAGUGUUUGAUGUGUGGGGUAUUGACUUCAUGGGACCAUUCCCAUCUUCCUAUGGUAAUGAAUACAUUCUUGUUGCUGUGGAUUAUGUCUCCAAAUGGGUGGAAGCUAUAGCCAACCCAACCAAUAAUGCUAAGGUUGUCCUCAAGAUGUUCAAGAGCAUUAUAUUCCCAAGGUUUGGAGUCCCAAGAAUUGUGAUCAGUGAUGGAGGCACCCACUUCAUCAACAAACUUUUUGAGAACCUUCUCAAGAAGAAUGGUGUCAAGCACAAGGUGGCAACUGCCUAUCAUCCCCAAACAAAUGGCCAAGUUGAGAUUUCCAACAAGGAGAUCAAGUCCAUUUUGGAGAAGACUGUGGGGACAACAAGGAAGGAUUGGUCUACAAAGCUUGAUGAUGCACUUUGGGCCUAUAGGACUGCUUACAAGACACCCUUGGGAACCACUCCCUUCAAUCUUGUCUAUGGGAAAGCUUGCCAUCUGCCAGUUGAGCUUGAGUACAAGGCAUUAUGGGCUGUUAAGAUGCUGAACUUUGACAUCAAGAGUGCCAAAGAGAAAAGACUUUUCCAACUCCAUGAGCUUGAUGAGAUUCGACUUGAUGCUUUUGAGAACUUAAGGAUUUACAAAGAAAAUACCAAGGCAUUCCAUGACAAGAAGAUCCUGAAGAGGGAGUUCAACAUUGGAGAUCAAGUUUUGCUCUUCAACUCUCGAUUGAAGUUGUUCCCUGUAAAACUUAAGUCAAGAUGGUCCGGCCCUUUCAAGAUCAAAGAAGUGAGGCCGUAUGGAGCAAUUGUGCUUUGGAACAAGACUGGUGGGGAAUUUGCAGUGAAUGGGCAAAGAGUCAAGCUGUACAUGGCGGCCACACCUGAGAAGGAAGGAACCUCGGUUCCACUUUCCGAUCCCAAACCAAACUAAACCAAAAAGGGGUAGUCAAGCUAGAGACUUAAAACAAGCUCACUUGGGAAGAAGUCCCACAUCUAUCCCUAUAUAUAUUACUGUUUUACUUGUGUGGUUUUUCUUUUGUGUGUUUGAUAAGUGUGUUUAAAAUUUUCAGGUGAUUCUCCACUUAAUCAAAGAAGAAAGAUGGUCAUCCAGCAAAGCUACAAGUGUUAAAAUUAUUCAACUCCAUCUAACAACUCCAAGCUACGUGUCUCUACAACUAUUGUAAAUAUAUAGUUUUCAUGUUUGU